GUUACGCAUGGGAUCUUACAGAAAUGGUCUGUCAAAGUAAAUUUAUUUAAUCUACGAUGUUGACCAGAAACGAAAAGCAGUCAAAAUAAUACAUUUUUUGUACAACCUAAUGCUUCCUCCAAUGGAGAAGGUUUGUUCGGCACAGAGAACAGAUAAACAGAAGACUGGACGAUAAUAAUCAAUAACCAGCAUGCUGCACAGAAACAGUUAAAGCUGGGUCAAUAACAAUACAGCGGUAAUAAGCAAACAUCAUGUGCUAACUGUGCCUUUAAUGAAUAACACUUAAUCAUGGAGCCUGCGAGCCUGGAGAACUUGUGUGUUUUGUACCACAGCGCAAACUAUAUAGUUGUCAACAAACACUGGGACAUCCGGAUUGACAGCAAAAUGUGGUAUGAGAAACAGACUGUCCAGAGUCAGCUGAAACAUCGCUUCCCAGAGCUUGCAGAUCCUGGCACCUACUAUGGCUUCAGGUUUUGCCAUCAACUGGAUUUCUCCACAAGUGGUGCUUUGUGUGUAGCACUGAACAAGGCAGCAGCAGGGCAGGCAUACCGCUGUUUUAAAGACAGGCUUGUUACCAAAGCUUAUCUCGCUCUGGUUCGUGGCACUGUGGCUGAGGAGAAAAUGACCCUGGAAUUUGCGAUCGGCAAGAACACGACAGAGGGCAAGACUCAUAUGAUGUGCACUGAAGGAACAGAAGGUUGUGAGAAUCCUAAGCCUUGUCAAACCGAGCUUACAGUUUUAGAGUAUGGAGAAUAUGACGGAGAUCCAGUCACAAAAGUGCUUCUGCAGCCUCUGACAGGACGGACGCACCAGCUCCGAGUUCACUGCAGUGCUAUUGGUCACCCCAUAGUGGGAGACUACACUUACAGUCUACGCACAGACGAUGCUCCGUAUCGCAUGAUGCUGCACGCCUACUUCUUGCACAUCCCACUAGAGCAUGAACCCAUCCACGUCACAGCCCCAGAUCCCUUUGUACCCACCCUCGACUCCAAAUGGGAACCACGAAGAUGUGUGAAUGUUCUGGAGGACUUACUGAAGAAUAUUUUGACAAAACCACAAAUGGAAAUCCAAGAAGAACCAGAGCCAGUGAACAAAAAGAGCAGCCCAGUGGAGAGUGAGGAGCAGCAGGCACAGUGUCAGCAGUGGUUAUGUGAAUGGAAUCUGGACUGAAGAACCUUUGCGCUGUUUUACCAGUACAGUACUGAAGCUACACUGCAGUGUCCCCAGCUCUAAAAGGUAGACAGCAGCCAGCGCUCCUCAAGAACAGUAUAGAGUAAGAACUGAAGGCAUAAAGGAGUUCUAAAGCAUUUGGCUGAUCUUUGUAUGAAGAAGAGCUCCGUGUGCAAUAGUGUACAUUAUAGAGACCCCCCCAUGUUUUGGUCAAUUUGUACUACCAUUCAAAAGUUUGGGGUUGGUAAGUUUUAGAAAGUGUUUUUUUUUUGUUUCUUUUUUAAAGAAAGUCACCAAACCUGCAUUUAUAUGAUCCAAAAUACAGUUAAAACAGCAGUAUUCUGAAAUAUUCUUACAAUUUAAAAGACUUGUUUUCCAAUUGAAUAUAUAUAUAUUAGGGACCAAGCACCAAAGGUGCUUAGACAAUUAUUGAAUCUGUUAGUUUUCUUCUUCUGCUCUGGGAUUUUAUGGUAGCUCAUAGAACUGUUUAUGGGAAAGUUAUGAAAUUUGGCACAUAGAUGGAGAACAGUCUCAGUAUUAACCAUAGCAAAUUUGAAAUCUCUAUCUCAAACUCUCUAGUGCCAUCAAUAGGCCAAAUUUGCAUACCAAAUUUGAAAUUUCUAUGGGUCAAGAUUUUUCACAAUUUAGAAUUUUGCGAAAAAUCUAAUUAUUUGAACUCGUCUCAAAAGGUUUGUCUGAUUUUCACCAAAAUUGGCUCAGAUCAUCUUCAGACAAAAGCAUGUUAGUGCAUUUGAUGACAUUCAAAGAAAAACUGACAUGAGGCUAUAUCUUCACAACUCUUUAGUGAAUUCAGACCAGAUUUUGUAUGUGAGUAGUUUUGGCACAGCGCCACCUACUGGUCAAAAUAUAUAAAAACUGACAUUUUUUUGGUUUAUAAUUUCUGACUAUUUUGACCAAAAAUCAAAAGGGUGAUCUAGUUAGAUUUGAAGCAGAAUACCGAAUCAAACUAUACCAAAUUUAGCCUAAUACCCUAUAUCAGCCAUUUUGAAUGUGGACCAUUUUCAAAUUUGUAGUAAAAUGCUGUAUUUUUCAAACGUUUUAGCAUAUUGUUAUGAACCCAUUGUGGGAAAGUUAUGGAAUUUGGCGCAGUUUGGCAUCGUUAAUCAGGCCGAAACUUUUGAACCGUAAGGUCUAAAAGCUCAUUUUUUCCCCUCAGAUUCUGAUUUCCUCUGAAUGCAUAAGCAUGUUAACAUAUUUGAUGAAGUUUAUGGAAAAAUAGACAAGAGGCUAUAUCUCCGCAGAUCUUUAGCGGAUUCUGUUCAAAGUUGGUAUGUGACCUGAAUGCACAUGAAUAGUUUUGGCAUAGCACCACCUACUAGUCAAAAGAUAUAAAAAAAUAGACUUUUCUGCUUAUAACUUCUGACCAGUUCAGCCAAGCUUGGUCAGAAGAGAUUCAGAAAGGCAUACUGAGUCAAAUGAUCUCUCUUCCUGUGUCUCCCUUUCUGGGCAUUGGCCAUUUUGAGUUUUGUAGUAAAAUUCUUUAUCAACUAAUGUCUUUAACAGGGGUUUUUCAACCCUGCUCCUGGAGAGCUACCAUACUACAGAGUUUAGCCUCAACCCUAAUCAAACGCACCUGAACCAGCCUACUUUUUUUCAGGCCUACUUCUUUACAGACAGGUGUUGGAACUUAUGCAGAGAUUGCCUUAAUACUGGGAGAUGAGAGGGUAUGUAUUACUUACUAUUGGAGAAAGCGUAACGGUAAACUUGGAUAACAUGUGCCUUAAUAACAAAUCACAUUACAGCCUUGACAUCAGUGAAUUUCAGUCACAGUUGUGCAACACUCAAUUAGACUGGAGCGAUAGGAGUGAAUGAUAAGUGCCGUGAGCUGAAUCCCAUCUGUGGCAAAAAGUCAGUGACUUCUCUUAUAAAACUGCAUGUUUUUCAGUUGUAAACAAAAAAUAGUUAAAUCCAAACGUGUUGUCUAGUGUAAAACCUGUUGAAGAUUAGCAGAUAGGUUGUUGGUUUAUUAUACGAUGAGCUGUUUCCUUUAAAACGCUUUUUAUUCAGUAUAGUGAGACCUCUCCUCCAUUGACAUCCAUUCAGGCUUCUGGUCUCCUUUCUGUUAGCAUUAGCCGUUUAGCUUUUUUGGCUAAAGGUUGCAGGCUUGCCUUCUAGUGGCUUUGACUUAAGUCUGCAGGAGGGUAGCUCUCCAGGAGCAGGGUUGGAGAACCCUGGUCUUUACUGAGUAAUUAAAGACAUCUUCGUAGCUCCUCAUUUUACCUGUGUUGUGCCUGGCCCCCUUAAUUGCUGCUUGCUGCUAUAUUUUAAAAUGUAAUUUGUUUCUAGGUAUAAGGUUCUAGGAAUAAAAAAAUCUUACUGACCCUGAACGUUUGAACAGUAGUAUACCUAAUUUGAACAAUAGAAAUCAAAAGAAAAGGUAAAGCAUGACAUUGGACUGCAGAGAAAAUGCUUUUUCAAAUGCAAGUAUGCUAUGUGUACGAGGGGUAUUGUUCAUUGUAUGAAUGCAUAAAUGUACAGUUGUACAUUUGUGCUUUUAAAGCAAUAGAGAUUUUAAAAAUUUGUAUGAUUUUUUUUGUUUGUUUAUUUUUUAUAAAUUUAUUUUAUUAUUAUUUUUUAAACUGUUUUGUGUGUGUAUGUGUGGUCUAGAAGGGGCCAAUUGUUUUCAUUACACAAAGAGGCAAGUUACUGUAUACGUGGAUUAACAGUCUUAUCAAUUUCUCUACUUAAAUUGUGUGAAGCAUGUUUCUAAAAAUCAAUUCAAAUAGACUUAACAAUCCCUACCUCAAAAACUCAAAAUGUUGCUUUGGCAAACGAGAAAUAAGUGUGUCAAUGAAGAGUCUGUCUAUCUACAGAGUAUUUUUUGCAUGUCAUCCUAUAUAGGUAUUUAAUUAUUGGUGCAGUUACAUUUACUGUUGUCUAGCAAACGUUCAUGAACAAAAUCCAUUUAAAUAUAAAUUCAGGAUUGGUUCACAUAAAUUCAAAUGGUCACAUGAACUCACCACUUUAACCAACAGCAAGCUGCUUGAUUUAAAAAAGUGACCUUUGUGUGAGCUACGCUGCUUACAUUGCUACACUAUCAACAAUAGACCUUUUUUGCUCACCAAAAUUUCACAAAUGUGACUGCACCUUACCAAAGGAGCAUCAUGUUUGGUGAAGCCUGCAAAACAUGCUGUGAUCAUUUCAAAUGAGUCAGUAUAGACACUAUUGUUCUUUAAAAAAAAACAUUUAUUACCAUC